AUGAUGCAUUUUGCACUCGUGAUUGGUUUGUUUUUUCCACUAGCUGAAGCCAAAUACCCCAAUUUAUUCACAAUUCAUCAGGGGCUCAGUCCACACCAGGAGCAACUGGAACCAACCAGCAGACACAAGAACCGCUGUGCCUACGUCAUUGAGAAGACGGUUUCCUUCACUGUCCAGGAUGGGGCAGCGCCAUAUGUGAAGGCUGAAUACAACAAGUGUUCCUGGGCCAAAAAAUGCCCAACUCUCCUGUAUCGCCUUCUCUACAAGCCGAUGUUCAAGGUCGCCCAUAAAACAGUGACUGAACUGGAAUGGCGUUGUUGUCCUGGGUACUCUGGUUACAACUGUAUGGAUGGUCACCAGAUUUACCAGCAUUCAAUCAGGAUGAUGCCACCAUUCAAAGGUCCACCAAUGAAAGCCCCACAUUUUGGGGGUCCACAGCACCAAGGGCCCGUUUUCAAAGGUCAAAUGUUCCAGACUCCACCUAUGAAACCAAACCCUUGGAGUCAACCGAAGCGAUCUCACACCAGCAGUUUCAGCUCCUACCCACUGCCUCACUUUGGGUCGCCAAAAUCCUUGUCUUACCCCGACUCAUCCUUUGAGCCUUACCCACCAGAACCUCAGCCAGAACCAGAAUACCAGGAGCCACAUAUUACAGAGGGCGACCCAGAGCACCUGGGGGAAUACGACCAAAGACCAGAGGAAGUUACCCCAGAGGAAAUGGCCGCCCCAACCGAAGAACAGCCACAGGGGAAGAUCACAGGCCAGGCUCUGGGGAGCGAGACAGAGGAGAGGAUAUUUAGAAUAGAGGAGGAUCUGCGGCAUCUGAACCUCGAUCUGCAGACACUGAGGGGAACCGUGUCUGGACUGGAGAACAGCCUGAGAGCCUCGCUGAGAGACGAUGCCAACAGGAUGCUGUCAGCUCUGCUCUCUGCUGCACCAAGGCCUCUUGCUGCUCCCGCUACAGCGUCUAACCCACCUGUCGUCGGGUUUGUGGAAAUCCCUGUCAGAGAUCUCGAGAUGGAGGGCUUCGAUGGCAGCCACGUGUUUCCAGACCUCACAGAAAUGAGUGGAAGGAUGGAAAAGCUGAGGACGGAGCUGCAGGAGCUCAGAGCAACGGUACAGGGACAAGACAGAGUCCUGAAGAUUAUCUCAAAUAAAACCAGGGGAGGUGUGGAGAGUUUGAUGGAUGCUAAACUGAGUGCAGUCAGGGUGGAAAUACUCGAUGGAUUGGAGGAACGAGUUGAGAGUGCGGAGGAUCGCUGCGGGGAGAAGAUUGGAGCUGAGCGGCGGCAGUGCCAGAGGGAUCAGCGGCAGCGGCAGGAGCAGAUGAGAGGCGCUCUGGAGGAAAGCAUGUCAAAGCUGAGGGACGAGCAGGGGAGCAUCCGGUCGCAGAUCCGUCCAUCAGGCGAGCUGGCAGAAAGAGUCCUGCAUCUGGAAACAUCCGUGGCAGGCCUGAACCGGUCCCAGACGCACCUGAGAGUGGCUCUCAGCGGUCACAAGGACCACAUAGAGGCGAUGCUGGAGGGCCGGCUUCGGUAUGUUGAAGACAAGCUCAACCUGACAGGGCAGAUGAGAAGUGGAGAUCCUGUGGAAGAAGCUGCAUCGGGGCGGAGGCUGGAGGCCAGAAUGGAGGGGAAGCUUCGAGACCUAGAGGACCGCUUAUUGACAGCUCUAGAGGAGCUUAGCAACGCCACCGCCCCCACUCUGCUGGAAGGCCAUGCUGUCCCAACACUGGAGACGGAGCUGGAGUCCCUCCGCAGGAGACUUGAACUCGAUGUAGACCGAGUGCAGAAACACCUAAACAACCUGGAGAUUCUCUGCUCCUCUCCUUGUUCUCCUGCUACCCAAGGAGACGCUGCUGGGCCGGGUGAAAACCAAGACGUAGAGCAGAACAUAAAGCAGGUUUUAGACUCGCAGAACGACCGCUUGAGCAGUCUGAACAUCACCCUGCAGAAGAUCUUAAACACCAGGGAGAGGCAGGUAGACGCAGAAAGAAGUCCUCCAUUUCAGGCAGAGCUUACGGUUCUUAAGUUCAAUGUUCGUUCAGUCAACCACACCCUGAUGAGGCUCCAAGACUCCCUGGGCACUGUGGUCCAUCAGGUGGGAGAGGCCAACAGCUCCUGGCAUGAACGAGAGCUCCGCCUGGCCAAGCAGAUGAAGGGCGUGGUCCAGCUGGUCGGGCAUCAGGCCUCCAUGCUGGGGGCAGGCGAGCGCAGGCUGACCCGGCUCAAAGCUGAGCUGCAGGACAUGAAGAAGCGGCUGGCGGAGGAGGUCCGCGGGUGCCGGAGCACCGCCAUGGUGGUCAAGAAGGAGGUAACUGAGGUCGGAGGGCGCGUUGCCAGCGUGGAGGAUCAGUGUAAAGGUCUGAAUAACCUGGCAGAGGAUCUGGAGAGAAUCAGGGAGGAGCUGGAGAAACAAUCCAGCAGUCUUCUUCUGCAGAUUAAUGGGACGCUGACCAGCCACGCUCAGCAGCUGUACGAGCUGAAAGACGAGCUGAGAAACUGCACCGUGAGGGCCGAGCCGACCAGGAGCUCAGAGACCAAACGAGGCGACACAUUCACUCUGAAUUAG